AGAAGAAGAAAAAGAACAAGAAGAAAAAGAAGAAGAAGAAGAAGAAGAAGAAGAAGAAGAAAAAGAAGAAAAAGAGGAGAAGAAAACAGUGCAGCAAAUAAGUAGUGAAACAAACAAAAAACGAAACAAGAGAAAUGAAAACGAAAAACAAUGGUAAAAAAUAAAACAAAAGUGAAUUAAAAAAAAACUUACAUAUUCUGUAGUUUCACUGUGUGAUUUCAGAACCUUUUGAUUGUUUGUUCUUUUGUAUAAUGGUGGGUUUUUCCUGAAUGGGAAACGUCAUCGAGGGAGUUCGCUCUCUUCCUUCCUAUCGGAUUCGCUCUCUUCCUAUCACGUAAUUGCGUGCUUGUAUGCGUGCGUUGAUAUUACACUCUUAUCAGCACACUCUUUCAAUAGUCGUGUGCAAAACCGUGGAAAGUUGCAAGUACGGUUCAGUUAUGUGUGAGCAUCCUUAGAAGGAAGAGUACAAUCUUUGAAGCAUCAUGAAACAUACAAUCAUUCUCAUCAGCACGCUGUUUCUAGUGCCAAUAUCUGUAUCAAGUGAUCCGAUUGAAUCAGCAUGCAAACAGUUCAACCGACAGAUAAUUAUCUAUCGUCCUCAAGGGUUGAUGGUAAAUCAACGCGUCAGAAGAAAUUUAGUUGGCCUCGAGCUGGAGGUGUACAUUAACCAAGAGGAACGAUCGAACCCGAUGUGUGACCUUUGCGCCAAUGCAACGCUGUCGGGUCGACGAAGAAAGCUGCUGCAGAUUAAAAACCCAUCGGUUCUGGUGCUUCCGGGCGAUACCGUUCAAUACACGGUUACCAAACGGUACCGCAAUGGGCCUCCGGCCCAAUUGAGCUGUAAAUUUAGAGUUAGUGGUGAUCGGAUGAUAUCGUUACAUCCAGCAGUACACCAUUGUCCAGAUAAUGCUCCGCGGAGCAAUGUAGUCCGUGAAAUCAAUUAUGCCGCUGAAAAGCGCUUACUAGAGGACACAAUUAACGACAUGCUAACAUCCUGUGAGGCUACUGCUAAGACCAAAAUGCUCAUCCUGCUCGGUAACUAUCAGGACAUUGAGUCGGAAAAGGCUCUGAAACAUUAUGUGAUAGGUCGGCUAGAAUCACUACUUCCCUCGGUCGAAUGGGACGGUACGGUAGAGAACGUGUACCGCUCAAAUGGACGGUUCGUUUUUGAAGUUAAAACGGCACUGAUGAAGCUGAAAAUACUUCACCUCGUACGAGGUGCUGAGGCAGCCGCAAGCAUCGUGGAUUAUGACACGCAGGUCCGUUCAACUUACGAUCGUGACGACUAUUUUGAUGAGGAUUACGACGAGCAUGAGAGUACGACGGGCGUAGUUGAAGUGAUGUUUUGAGGCAGGAAUAAAGUAGAGUAAGACUGCAAUGCAAAAAAAAAGUACGAUUUUUAUUCUAAUGUUGGAACUCUCGAAUAUUUUUCUCUAAUUCUUUUACAUGAUUAUAGUAGUAAGGCAACAUUUUCACAGUUCAAUUUUUUUAUUAGAAAAUGUUCCUGCGAAAUUAGUCCUGUAUAACGAAACUGUUCGAAGGGUCCACUUUUACGCCGGAUUGUAUGCAAUUUGAUGUGCUAUUUCUUCGUUAACUGUCUUUUCCCCUGGUGGUAUGCAAUGCGCAUCAUUUUCACCGAUGGAGCACGUUCGCAAAGCACGUGAAGGAGGCCGGCGAAUCGCUUUCGUUGAGUUGAGUUGCUUCUGAAUGUAUUUUUGUUCUAUUAAGGAUUUUGGCU